UUGCCAUGGAGACACGGCCCAAUGGCCGCCGCCGAGCGGCGCCGCGGCCCGUGAGGGAGCGAGGGGGGUCCCUGCCCUGAGGGGACCGGGGUGGCCGCGACCGGGGAGGGCCCCCGCACCACCGCCCUGCCCGGCCCCGGCGCGCUCUAGAAGGGGGGAAGCCGUGGUAGGACAGCGCGGGGAAGGAUGAGAGGAGAUAUCCCCCCUCGGUCAGCCACGCGGUGCAAUUCCGGACGCGCGGAGCUUGAGGACAGGGUUUCAGUAGCUGUGGCAUUCAUCAAGUAGACAUCGGGCGUGUAGCAACUCAGCAGCAACUUUAUCUUGAAGAUGGCAUCAUGCCUUUAUGAAUGCCUUUGUGAGGCAGACCUUGAAAAAUACUAUCCCCAUUUUGCUGCCUUUGGUCUUCAGAAUAUCGAUGAGCUUGCCAAAGUUUCCAUGGAAGACUACACCAAACUGGGGGUCCAUGACAUGAACGACCGCAAGCGGCUCUUUCAGCUCAUUAGAAUAAUCAAAAUUAUGCGAGGGGAAGGCGUUGCAGACUCAAGCAAGCAGGAUUUUCAACCGCGUGGCCUUUUCAUUCAGCCCCAGGUGGCCAGGUCAGGUCCCCGUAGGCAGCUGCGUUUUGAGUCCUUCGUUGAAGAGAAUGAUGGAACAGUGAAAGACUCUGAGCGUGAAUUGUAUCGUUCAUCUGAUUUCAAUGCCAGUGAGGAGAAGGACAAUGCAGGGGAAAUGUUGGGACACGUUCAACCACAGGACUCAGAGCCAAUCAGAUUAACUAGAAGGGACCUAAAUAUUCCUGGAAUAUGCACGAAAAAGGACCUGAGCUGUCCAGCGGUUUCUGAUGAUAUUGCCCCUCUCCUGGGGGAUUCUGAAGCUCCUAUUGUGCAAAGAGUAACUCAUAUUUCAGGGUAUAAUUACGGACUACCUCAUUCCUGUAUCAGAUCCAACACUUCUGAGAAAGAGACUCCAUGGACAGAGAGUGAGAAAAUCAGAGUGUGUGUCCGAAAACGUCCUCUAGGCCUGAGGGAGGAGCGACGGGGGGAGGUGAAUAUCAUCACAGUGAAAGACAGAGAAACCCUACUGCUCCAUGAGAAGAAGGAGGCAGUUGAUCUUACACAAUAUAUUUUACAGCAUGUUUUUUAUUUUGAUGAAGUCUUUGGGGAGUCAUCCUAUCCUCUCAUUCAGCAUAUUUUUAACGGAGGCAAUGCCACCUGCUUUGCCUACGGGCAGACUGGUGCUGGCAAGACUUACACCAUGAUAGGAACUCACCGGAACCCGGGACUCUACGCCCUGGCUGCCAAGGACAUCUUCGGACACCUGGAAGCUUCACCGUCAGGGAAAGACCUUCUUGUUUGCAUCAGUUUUUAUGAGAUCUACUGUGGGCAGCUUUAUGACCUGCUAAAUGGAAGGAAGAGACUUUAUGCAAGAGAAGAUGGCAAGCACGUGGUUCAAAUAGUUGGACUGCAGGAGGUCCAGGUGGAGUCUGUAGAUGAACUGUUGGAGGUGAUUUUGAAGGGGGGGAAAGAACGUAGCACAGGAGCCACUGGAGUCAACUCGGAUUCCUCUCGAUCUCAUGCCAUCAUCCAAAUUCAGAUUAAAGAUGCAGCCAACAGGACAUUUGGAAGGAUAUCAUUCAUUGACUUGGCUGGCAGUGAAAGGGCAGCUGAUGCCAGAGACUCAGAUCGACAGACAAAAAUGGAAGGAGCAGAAAUAAACCAAAGUCUUUUAGCACUGAAGGAAUGCAUUCGGGCACUGGAUCAGGAGCAUGCACACACUCCUUUCCGGCAAAGCAAAUUGACUCAGGUGCUAAAGGAUUCUUUCAUUGGCAAUUCCAAGACAUGUAUGAUAGCCAAUGUAUCACCCAGCCACUUAGCUACAGAGCAUACCCUGAACACUCUACGAUAUGCUGACAGGGUCAAAGAGCUGAAGAAGGGGAUUAAAUGUUCUACCCCUGUCACAAAUAGGCGUCGCAGAGCUGGAAACGUAUCUCCAAAACGUGUCCAGAGCACUCCCUCUUUGCCACCUGGGGAAAAGAGCUCUCCAAAGAAAGUAAAGCUAGGCCUACAGCAUCCCUCAAGUGCAACAAAAACAAAGGUAUAUCCUGCAGCACUCCAGCCACCUGGUGUCCCUCUUACCUCUACCCCAAGGGCAGUCAGCAAAGGACAUGCCUACAAAGGAAAUACCAGCACACCGUGCUUCCAGCUCGUGAGCCCAAUUAAGGGAGUACUACGAAUAGCACAUCCCCUGAAGAAGAAAACUGAUGAUCUGUCCCCCCUCUCUGAACAGAGCCCCUCUGUGAAGGAUUUCAUCAUCAAAAGUGCUGCCACAGAUGAAACAAGAGAGAGUGGUCAGAGAGACAAGUAUAUGCAAGACAGAUCACCUGUCCAGUGCCUCAAAGUCCAGACAGUGCAACCUGUUCAGAAACAGCUUGUUUCUAGAGAUGAUAUUUCCUUUGGAGAGGGAAAUCUGCCCUCUGACAGCAGAAAUACUUUUGCUAAACAAUAUGUUGAACCCUGGACGUAUCUGCCUCCAUUUCAGAAGGAAAGAGAGGAGCAUUUACGUCUUUAUCAUCAGCAGUUUCAGCAGCCACCUAUUCUACAACAAAAAUUGAACUAUCAACCCCUUGAGAGGUUUUUAAUGCAGUACAAGCCCGAGGAGAUUCAAGUAAAACAGGAGCUGAGCCUUACUCCCACAGAAAUGCAGAACAAAGAGGGGAUGCCACUGGAAGAUCUGGAUGACAGCGAUUUCAGUGAAGAUUCUUUCUCACCUGUCUGUAGUCAAAAGAGCAUGAAAAGGGGAAACACCAACAAAUGCAGUCAACAUUCCUUUUUCCUUCAUGAAAGAGAAGAAGGAACUGAAGAAGAGCAAAAAGGCCAAAAGCGACAGGAUUUAUUUUUUAAAUAUGCAAUAGCCAUGCAAGAGCAUGAACUAGAUGACAGCUGGGAUUGUAUCGAGGGCAGCCCAAAGGCAGAGGAAUCCAUUAAAAAUGCAGGCUGCAGCAGAACUCCAGCAGACUGGAACUAUGACUUAGCUAUUGAGUCCCCUCCAAGCAAUACUGCAGAAAAGCCUUACUGCCUGCAGGAAGAUCCUGCUUGUAGCUGGAAACACAGCAAGGAUUUCCUAGCUGAUCACAAAGAGUACAAAACCAAACACAGAUGUCUUGUUUACUCCAGUGAAGCCACCUUAACUCCAGAAAAGGAUACUUCAAACCCAUAUGUAUCUCCUGUGUUGAAACCAGGAACUCCAGAGUGCAAAGAGAUUGAUCUCCAGCAUGAGGAGAGGGAAGAACCCACUUUGGACAAACAGGCUGCCCUCGCAGGAGAUGUACGAUGGAAAACUCGUAAAAGUGAAGCUAACCACUGUGUCUCUUCCAGCUGCUCCUCAGAAUUCACUUCCGAGGUAAUAGCCCCUCUCCUGAUGUCCCCUCUUGACUGUGAGGAAACAACUGAUCCAGACGAAGUGUCUUGCAGCCAAGAGAAGUCCCCUGGUGAGAAGCAGGCUCCAGGCAGUGCCAUGCAGGGCUCCCAGAGCAGAUGUGAGGAGGAGGGCUGGCAGUGCACGAGGAGCAGAGCCCUGACGGACAGCAUGCUGGAGCUGGGGGAGCAGAUCCGGCUGGUGGGAAGGCACCGCGCCCUGCUGUGCUUCCCGCGGGCUGGGCACAGGUGGCUCCCUCCUGCCUGCUGCCGUGCCAGGCCCUGCUGCUGCUGCUGCCGCCUGGGCUCGGGGUCAGCACAGCAGGGAGGGGGCUUGUGUGUUGGGCCCGACCCCACAGAAACACCCACAGCUGGAUCCCCGGGCACCAGGGCAGAGGGAGAGGGUGGGGUGUCCCACAGUGACUCCACGUGCAGGGAACACACCGGUGGCAGACGGGGCGGUGCUGACCUUAAAGAUGGUGCCGGUAGUUCAGGAAAAUCCAACUCGAGUCAAGAACCCAGCGUUGAGCCCAUGGCUGAGGAAACAAAUGCUGAAACACCUGAAAAGAGCUGUUUUUCAGAGGCAACAUGCUUUCUCAGUGUGGGGCACACAGAUCAUGCAGCCCAGUCCCCCUCUCAGGAGAACAGCCUGCUGGUGCAGCCCAAGUCAGGAGUGAGGAAUGAGGACCAUUCUGAAGACCCUGCCAAGUCAUCAUUCAGCAGUGAGGAAACAGCAUUGCGAAAAAACCAGUUAAUGCAGAGUGGUUUUACACAAGAGACUUCUGCUGCAGAUGCAGGAUGUGCAGCCAAAGAUGAUAAGCCAGUAGCAAAUGCAAAGAGCCCCUCAGGCAUGUCCAUCAGCAGCUCUCCAAGUGCUACAUCAGAGUUGGGGAAGUGGCAGAGGGAAACCCUAGAAAAGGCACAACAGGCUGUAAUUCGUGCCCAUCAGGAGCAGCUGGAUGAAAUGGCAUGCUUGUGCUUCAAGGAGGAGUGCUUGAUAAAUCAAAUGUCAGCAAUGGAUUUUCAGAAUUUCAUGGCCAUGCUGGAUGAAAUCUUGGAACUGAAGUCACAGUGUAUCCAAACAAUGCGAGCCCAGCUCCAGCUCUGUUUAGCCUCUCCUGGCACUGACAUGUCACUGCAACCACCUCCACCAGUUUAGACCUUCUUUGCUUCCACACACACAGGAGCAGCUAUGGAAAACACCAGCCAGCACUUUGCUGCACUUGGUGCUGCAGAGUGUGGGUGGUAGGGGAUAGCUUUUGGUUUGAUGUGUGCGAUUAGUGUGUAUUUUAUAUAAGGAUGGAGAGAAUUCUGAGUAAAUGAGAGGUGACUAAUUG